AUGGACGGCGAUAGGUCCCAAGGAAAAAGCUUCCCGCCGAGACCACCAAAAUCUGGGCAACAGGAGAAGCGCGGACGACAACCCCGUCCGAAGAAGGAUGCAGAAAAGGCGGAAGCCCCGCCCGGGAAAAGGAAUCGUGACGACCACGACGACCUACCUCCACCGCCGAAGCGACAAGUCAGCAUGAUCAUGGGAGGCCUCCUGGAUAACGACGAUUCCAUAUCGGCGAUCAAGGAAUACGAACGAAAGGCCGUCGCGGCACAACGCUACCCGUAUAUCCAUAAAGGGAUCCCUACAAUCUCCUUUAUGGAUAAGGACGCAAGCGGAUUAGAUAUCCCCACCUCGACCCCUCGUGGUCACUUGCAGAUUCACGACUGUGACGUCGCAAAGGUUCUAAUUGAUACCGGGAGCACGGUGAACCUCAUCUUCCUAGAGACACUGGAUCGCAUGGGAGUGGAACAGGAAUCCAUCAAACCUACAUCCCGUCCCCUCACCGGCUUCACCGCCGAAUACACCUACAGUUGCGGAACAGUUCGGCUCCCCGUUUAUGUCGGCGGAAUUUCGAAGCUCUUGAAGUUCAUUGUCAUGGACAAACCGGCCAUCUAUAACGCAAUACUCGGCACCCCCUGGCUCCACGAAAUGAAGGCCGUCGUCUCGACUUUCCACCAGUGCGUGAAAUUCCCAACGCCUCCGGAAUUUACACCUUGCGUGGAGAUCAAAGAGUGA